AUGACACCCUCAGUCACCGCCAUCUUAUUCCUGACCGUCUGUGUCGCCUCAGGCUGGUCCUUGAAGUGUGUGCAGUGCACUGGUUUCAGUAACACCCCCUGCAUCGGCGGCUUACAGGACUGCCCCUCCGUUAGUGAUGCCUGCGGGACGACGGUGAUCCGCACCAGAGGAUACCGCUGGACGAGCUUUUACUACAUCCGCUCCUGUGUGAGUACCACCGAGUGCUUCAAUAACGCGAGUGUGACCGGUUUGUACGCGACCACAGCGUCCGGAACGACGUGCUGCUUCACUGACAACUGCACCACCUCCGUACCGACCCUACCAGUGGAAAAUUACACCUUAAAUGGGUUAAUGUGCCCGUCCUAUGUGGAAACAAUUAUGGAACCCUGUGAUAUAAAGAACGUGUCAUCCUGCAUUGGAGAUCAGAUACGUUGUGUCCGAUAUUCAGCGACUACAACAUUAGUACCCUGGCCAAAGGCUGGUGGCCCAGGGUCUGUGGCUCAGUCAUCCAGCUGGAUCCUUGGUCAACGAGCUGGUAACCCGGGGACUGUGGCUCUGCAUCCCCAUCUCAUCAUUUUCCUCAAGCAGAGUCUUUCUUACUAA